AUGACUUUCGACUCCAAGGAGCUCGACAUUGAAAGUGGAGCUGCUGUCUCUAAGGGCGAUGAUGGGGACGAUACUACUGGUAGAAAGGUGCCCGUCUAUAGUGACGAUAUCCAUCCUUAUAAUGAGCCAAAAUCUCUGAAAAUCUAUCAUCAUACUAUGAGGAUGUUUCAUGGAGAGACUCGUGGUGUUGAUCGUGUUCCUGAAGAGGAAAAAACUCACUCUUCCGUUAUGGGCCCCACCACAUUGUGGUUUGCUAUCAACAUGGUUAUCGCUGCAUAUGCUCUUGGUGCCCUUUCUUACCCUGUAUUUAACUUAGACUUUGGCUCAUCUGUUCUCACUGUGGUAUUCUUUAAUAUCUUGGGUGCUCUACCUGUCGCUUUCUUCUCUAUAUUUGGUGCUCGUUUCGGUUUGAGACAGAUGGUGAUGUCCCGUUUCCUUAUUGGUAACGUAGGCAUGCGAAUCUUUGCCCUAUUUAACUGCGUCGCUUGUGUUGGCUGGGCCGCUGUCAAUACGAUGUCUUCUGCUCAGUUGUUACACAUCGUCAACAAUGGUGCUCUUCCUCCUUGGGCUGGUUGCGUCAUUGUGAUCGCUUUGACCAUUUUUGUCUCCUUCUUUGGAUAUAAUCUUAUUCACGCUUAUGAGAGAUGGUCUUGGAUCCCUAAUACUAUCUGUUUCAUUGCAAUCAUUGCCCGCUUUGCUAUGGCUCACGUCUUCAAAGCUGGUAUACAAAAUGCUGAUGGUGAAUGGGUUACUUGGGGUUCUGGCCCUACUCUUGCGGGAAAUAUCCUAUCCUUCGGUGGUGCUGUCUUCGGUUAUUCUGCUGGCUGGGCCACUUAUGCUGCUGAUUACACCACCUAUAUGCGCUCCAAAACGUCUUCUUGGAAGAUUUUUCUUGGCGUUUUCGCCGGUGUUGUUGUAUCUUUAAGUUUCACCGAGAUCUUGGGUGCCGCUUGUAUUACUGGUAUCAAAACGAGUUCCACCUAUGCGAAACUCUACGAUGAGUACUCUGUUGGCGGUUUGAUUUACGCAAUUCUAGUACAGGAUUCUCUUCACGGAUUUGGUCAGUUCCUCUGUGUUCUAUUGGCACUUUCUACUGUUUGCAACAACAUCCCAAACAUGUACUCUAUCGCUUUGGGAGUGCAAUCCAUGUGGUCGCAGUUUGCAAAAGUUCCAAGAGUCGUUUGGACUGUUAUUGGUAACGGCCUUAUUUUGGCUAUUUGCAUCCCUGGCUACUAUGAUUUUGCAGAGGUGGUGGAUAACUUCAUGAAUUUGAUUGGUUAUUAUAUCGCCAUCUAUAUAUCUGUUUCCUUGACGGAGCAUUUUGUGUUUAGAAGAGGUUUUUCUGCUUACCACCCUGAAGAUUACAAGGAUAUCACGAAGCUAAAUCCGGGCUAUGCAGGUGCCUUUUCCUUCUUCUGUGGUGUUGCUGGUGCCGUGCUAGGAAUGAACCAGACCUGGUAUCAGGGUGUUCUUGCUUCCAAGAUCGGUGCUGAUUCUGGAGAUAUUGGUUUUGAAGUGGCCAGUGGCUUUUCGUUUGUGAGCUAUCUUAUUUCCAGAUCGAUCGAGUUGAAGUAUUUCGGACGUUAA